GAAAAGGGGCCGUAAAACUGAACACCGGAUAAUACUUCUAUACUAUCAACUCUACGUCACCCUCUUUUCAUCAUCCACAAAACCCAAAAUCCGAGAAAUACACUAUCCAGACAAUGGAUUUUGAUCAACUUCUAUUCUUUGAGCAUGCCCGUAAAAUCGCUGAAGAUAACUACGCGGCUAACCCUCAAGAUGCCGACGUCAGUGCUCUUUGUUUUUGCCUUUUUCAGUAUUCCCAAUAUAUUAAUUAAUUAAUUUUGUUCGGCCGAUGGAGUAAGAUUGGUGGAGUAUCAGUCUCUGUUCAAUGGCCUUGAUGAGUUCGUUUUGGCUCACGGGAACUUUAUUUUCUAAUCCAUGUAGAACUUAACAAGAUGGGGCGGCGCCUUACUGGAGUUGUCUCAGUUUCAAAGCAGUAAUUCCGAUGCCAAGAAGAUGGUCGAAGAUUCUAUUACGAAGCUGGAGGAGGCAUUGAUGAUUAACCCCAAGAAGCCUGAUGCUGUUUGGUGCCUGGGAAAUGCUUAUACUUCACGUGCACUUUUAACUCCGGAUCAAGAAAUGGCAAGAGUUGAUUUUGAUCGAGCAUCUGAACACUUUCAGCAAGCUGCUGAUGAUCCUGGGAACGAACUCUAUCGAAAAUCCUUGGAAAUGGCUGCGAAGGCUUCUGAGCUACAUAAAGGGAUGCAUGAGCACGGUUUUGCUCAGCAGGCAGUGGAAACUUCUGGAUCUUCUAUUUCAUCUGGUACAAAGAACCAAAAGAUAAAGCAGAGCAGUGAUCUGAAGUAUGACAUAUUUGGAUGGAUAAUUUUGGCAGUUGGCAUUGUUGCAUGGGUGGGAUUUGGGAAACCGCACCCACCACCUCCUUCUCAAUCAGCCCUUCAAUAAGUCAAUCAUUUGAAUUGAUGCAGAAUUCUUUCAAUCAUGGUUUUGGUUCUUCUUGUUCACUUGUGGGCCCCUUUUAUCGCAUAAUAUAUGCUUCGCCAGCUAAUCGUUUACUCAUCGACCAUAGGAACAUUUUUCUAUUUGGAUUCAAUCAUGCAGCCUAUCCGUCAAGUAGAUGUUUCCAAGUAUUGAGAUAAAACCAGCAGCACUGGCUUCGAAAUGUGUACAUAUAUACACCCCCCCCCCCCAAAA